AAGAGUGCAGCCACAAAAAGCACAGUGUCUACCCACAGUGUCAGGGGGAAGAGUGCUUUGGCAGGGAAGUCCUGAUACAAGCUCGUCCUUGUGUGCUUUUGGGUUGUAUAGCUCAAGACAUGGCUGAGCAGACAAGUGAUCAUCUCAGGGUUCGAGCUUGCUUGCUGAUGCUGAUGUGCCUAUGGCAGUGGACACAGCAAAUUCUGGCAACAACAUGCAGUGAUGGUGAACUGCGAGUCAUCAGUAGAGGUGAAAAGAAAUGCUGCCCCAAAUGCAUCUCAAGCACAGGAGACAACAGCACAUGUCAAAAUACCCGAGACCAUGACUGCAGAUGUCGUCAGGGAUACAGCUGUGUUGACAGGGCAUGUCUCUACUGCCAGAAACUGCCUGAGUGUGCAGCAGGCGAGGAGCUGGUGAAGCUUGGCAAUGUAGACUUCACAUUCAAAUGUAAACCAUGUGAGAUGGGAACCUAUUCUAGUGUGAAGAAUGGCUGGUGCCGUAACUGGACUGAUUGUGAAAGCUCUGGGUUUCUAACAGUCAAGCAAGGCAACAGUACACAUAAUGCAGUAUGUGGUUUGCUUCCUAAGGAACUGGAGCAAGGUCCUAUUAUAUUUGACUCUCUCUCUACCACCAUCCUGGCCAUCCUGACUGCAGUGGCUCUGUUUAUUCUCAUCUUGCUGACCUUCAUCUUGCAUUUCUGCAUAUGGUCACUGAAGAAAGAAAAAUAUGAUGCAGCUGAUGAUCUGGAACAUAUAUUCCCUAAGCAGCUGAUGGUUCCACAGAUGUCACACCACGGAGAAGAGACUUAUAGCUGCCAGCUUCCAGAAGAAGAACAUGGAGACAAAACACCAGAAGAAAAGCAUUGCUACUUCCACCCUCAGAGUCUACAGUGAAACAGAUGAAUUGCAAUGUGCUGUGAGAAGGGGAAGCUGAGCUCAGCUUUUCCAAAGUGAAGGGAGGGUCUGGGUGCAUAAAGCAUCAUUAUACACAUAGCAAUAAGGAAUGGGCUUGAGGGAGUUCUGCUGUGUUUCCUCUCAAACCUAGUGUUUAGAAGCAAAAGAAACCUGCUCAGGCUGACAUUCAAUUCAGCAGCAUUCCAUUAGUGCAGAUUUCCUGGGUUGUUGGAUGUUUCAUUGACGUUCUAUCCAACCUCCUUUGGGGCCAGGCACCCUUCUUGUUGUUACUCCCUUUUGCAUCUCUUGCACAUGUCUCUGUGGUGCUCCCACAGAUUGAUACACAUGUAGAAGGCUGGUGUCCCACCAUCAGUCCCUUCAGUCCUAUGGGAAGUACAAUGGUACCUACAGCUUUCAGAGGUUAUCUCUAUUUCCAGAAUGUGUCCUGAUGUGCAUACUAAGGGAAUAAGGUAAUGUUCCUAGCAAGCAUAUCUACUACUCUUCUGUACACAGGUGGUGCCUGUGCCAAAUUGCCCUCUUUAUUAUGGAGGAAAGAGCCAUUAUUCUUAAUCCAUUCAGUCCUUUUCAGUGCUAACAGAAGGUGUUGGUUAAACCAGGCUCAGUGCAGAGUGAGACUGUUACAACCACAUCACUUGUGCUUGCAGGGGUUUUUCUAUGCAAAUUCUGUGAUCCCUUCACUCUCUCCAAGGAAGGGAGGGGAGAAAGGAGUGACAUUUAUCCUCCUUCUCUAACUCAGCAACCCUUAGUACCUGGAAUACUGAAUUACAAAAGGGAGACUCAAAUGAGGAUCACACUAUCUAGAGAAGGACAUUUGUUUUAAUGCUCUCAUCUAGUUUAUACACUAGGAAAAGACAGUGGGAAACAAAGAACAGAGCAACAUUUGUUCCUGAUACACAAAAAGUAUCCCAAAAGAAAAAGAACCAGAACAUCUGCUGGUGUAUAUCAGCAUAGCUCCAGUGACUUGAUCACGUGAAGAUGGAAUAUGUUGCCCUUACAGAAAAUUGGAGGCUUUUUAAAUGUCAGAUUAGUGCUCCUCCAGUUUCACAGAGCACUAACAUGGCUGUAAUGAAUUGUGUUGUCUGAAUUUAAAGGGGCAGGCUUUCAGCUGGGCUUGCUUGCAGUGAAUUGAUACUGAUUUCAUAUAAGAAUCUAGCCUGUGGCUUCAACUAGCUAAAACUCAGCUAGUUAAAAGUCACUGUUAUUGUGGCCACAUGUGUUUUGUGACUGCAAUAAUAGAUUCAAAGCCCUGGAUACUUUCUUGGUUUGGCCUUCUGGUGAAAGUCACUUGGAGUCAACUCUUAUGACCAAAUCAGCUCCGGGCACAAAUGAGUUUUGAGUCGCCAUUCACAUGGAAUGGUAUCAGUAUCUCACAGUACAGCCAUUGCAUCAGCUUCCUCACACUGCCUUACAGAUAACAGCAAUAAUACAGGGCUUCCAAAUGGAAUCCCAGCAGAAUAGUGACAUUUCUGUUAAUCACCUUUCUAACUACUCCAAGGGGAUUAUUUCAAGUCUGAAUGAUACGGUGGUUUCAGUAGGGCUCUGUGAAAUUACAGCAGCUGUGGAGCAGGAGUUAUUGCCUCCAUAGCUGAGUGAUGCAAAAGCACUUGAAGAGAGAAUCCUAAGUGGGACCUUGGUAAGCUAAUUACUAGCUUCUGUGCUUCAAGCCAGGCUUAGUGAAGACUGGGUAAUGAUCUACCCGGUGGACAUUCACUGAGGUGACUCCAUGACCUCUCUAGGCAAUCCAGUCCAGUAACUGAUUCCAAGUCAGAGAAGGAGAGAAGUUCUGUUAGUUAAAGUAUAUAUUAGCCAUUAUGAAGAAAAAUUGACUCUUCAGCAUCUUUUUAAGCAUUCAUAAUCAUCUCGGCUUCUCUAGACUCUCAUCCUGCUUUACAGAAGGAAGCCACCUACUUGUGGUUUCUAGACCUCUUAAUCUGUCUCAGAACUCUUUCCACUUCGUCUAUCUUGAAGCCUUCUCUAGAGGAAGUCUUGGCAAGCUUCAAUAGAGCUGGAGGAUUUAAGUGUAUGAUUCACGGACAUGGUUUUAUUGCUGAACAUUUCUUCAGUGAUUAUGUCAAGAGAAGUUAUCCUGUCUUUGCUUUUUUCCUUCAGUGCAUCAGAGAGUCUUGCAAGUGGGUGAAAUAACUGUAAGGGAAAAUGCAGUGCAAAGGGUUAUCCUUGUUCACUGGAAUGUAUUCCUCUGUAGUUCUAGUUUUACUCUUCCAUCUUCUCUGUGAUCAUGUUUUCUACAUCUGGCAUCUCUAUACCUUCAUUCAUGUAGAAUGAGAGCAGAGAUAGUGUGAGACAUAAUUAGUCCUUUCAAUGUAUUUUGCCUUCUUUGAUCCUCUUAAUGUUCUUUCUGGUGUUACUGAUAAUUUGUCUCAUAGGUAUCUCUGUGAAGUUUACUUAAAAGAAGCAAGUUUUCCUCUGUUGCUUCAGGAAAUGGGCAUUUUCUUAAUUGAGGUGAACUGGAGAUUCAGCCAAGGAAAGGUGAAAGCCUUGGAUUGGAUUAAUAGGAUAACUUCUUUAAAGUGUGAGACUGUCUCUGCCUUGCAAGCAGUUUGCUGUGGGAUUUAAUAUACUCUUGAAGUCUAAACCCUGGCUAGGAAAGACACUUCUUACUGCUCCUAUAUUGGCCAUAUUUAUCCUUGGCUGUGUAUUGACUCUUCCUGGGGUUUUUCUAAUGUUUUCAACAAGAUUUCUGGUUGUGACCUUUUGUAAAGGUAAAAUAAACUUGGAAAAUGGAA